AUGAAUAACAGUACCGAGCAAAUUUUUCUAGUGAAUUCAUCUGAAAAUCAACCAGUAGUCGGGCCUAGCAAAGUUACUGAACUAUCAGCUACAAGCCAAGUUAACCUCGAGAAUGUUGAAGAUUUCUCAAAUGUUUGCCGUACUUGUGCGACCAUCACAGAAUUUGUUAUACCAAUAUUUAUGGGAGAAGGCCUACAAAAUAAUCUAGCGGAUAAAAUACACAAACAUUUGCCAAUUCAGGUAUCAGAACAUGAUGUACUGCCUAGGGUCGUAUGCUACCAAUGUGCAAGCACACUGCUGGCAUGGCACGAGCUUGUACAAUGCUGUGUACAAGCAGACACAGCACUGAAGACCCGUCUUGCAGUAUUACUAUCUAAGGAAAACAACACAAAUCACGACGAGAAAAGCUCAGAAUCAGAAACAAAAGGAAAGUCAGUAACAACAUUAAGUGUUACAAGUAUUAAAGAUAUGUUAGCCAAACAUUUCCAACUAUCGGAAGUGGAUUUUGAGACCUCUUCUUUGGAGUUUGUUUGUGAAAAAUGUAACAACCAAACAAACAUUCCAACUCUACCGAGCUUUAUUGAACAUCUAGAGUCUCAGCACAAUACAGAAUUUGCAGAUAAAUUGGGAAUGGAAUUAUUCAUAAAGGAACAUGUAUCUAUUGUUGAAAUACUUGUUGCUGAAGAACCAACAACCGAUGUAGAAUCAGAGAAAGAAGAGAUAUCUGUUACAAAACUUCCAAGGUUCCAUUGUCCCUUCUGCGAGAGUUCAUUUUCGUCCACAACUCGUCUCGCGUGCCAUUUGAAUCGGCAUGUAGAUAUUUCCAUCGAGGACGGCGUGCGAUGCUGCGAUGACGUUUACUACGACAACAAAUAUUUUGCCGCACACCUUCAGGUCUGUCACGUAAAGCGUUCAACGGACAACAGUUACAUCUGUCAUAGUUGUGGUUUCGCAGCCGAGGACGCACUUGAACUGCAAGGGCAUAUAUCCAAACAACACGACGUUCAAACCGUCGAUGCGGGCACCGCCAAAGAAAAGGCAGAACACCGCGACAAAUGUCAGAAGUACAUACCAGCGGUGUGUCCGGAAUGCAACAAGACCUUUUCGAACAAGUACAACAUGCUUGUCCACAUGAAAAGUCACUCGCGCACUCCGGCGAAGUAUCCUUGCGACCGAUGCAACAAGAGUUACAAGAGCCAAACCAAUCUGAAGUGUCACCAGAAGGAUACAUACCGGAGACAGGCCAUAUUCGUGCCAGUACUGCAUGAAGUCCUACCGCGCGAAGAACACCCUGGACCGGCACGUGGAAAUGCAUCUAGACAUACGGAAAUACGAAUGCCACGUCUGCCCGAAGAAGUUCAGGAAGCGGACCCACCUGAACUACCAUUUGAGCACGCACAAGAGGAAGCAGCCAGCAGCGGACUAACAGGGUUCUUUUUUUUGCGUUGCAGAUGGACGCACGGCCGCGUCAACCGCGAUGCCUAUCGCAGGGGACUUGGCACGGACGGUACAGACGGUAGCUCAUCGGCCGCCGAGGGAAGCGUCGAUGUAGACGAGGGAUCGGACGACGAACGACCUUUGGCUGCGCUAGCCGCGAAAAAGUCCACCGACCUGUACAACACUUUCUAUAGGGCGCUAGUAAACUUCCGAAACCAUUUCAUUUCGGAGCAUCGGCCCGACGGGAGCAACUGUCCGGUGUUCACCGACUCGAGCGACUCCGAGGAGAUGGUGGAGGAGGUGGGACGCGAAAACUGCGACACGGACGUGGACGAGUACGACGAUCUGAGCUCGCGGAACAUGCGGAGGGACCGGAUGGACGAGCGUACCAGGCUGGAGCUGCACAGCGCCCAGCGCAGGGUGGACGGGAAGGUGUGCUACGUGUGCGAUGUGUGCGACAAGAAGCUCAGCUCGGCGCACACGUACAUAUUCCACAAGCGGAUCCACACGGGCGAGAGGCCGUGCGUGUGCCACGUGUGCGGGAAGCAGUUCCGCGCGCCGAACGGCCUCCAGCGCCACCUGACGGAGACGCACGAGCGGCUCAAGCGCCACCCGUGCGCCCUCUGCCCGAAGAGCUUCACAAACACGCAGAAUCUGAAGCAGCACGUGCGCAUCCACACCGGCGAGCGGCCGUACGUGUGCGCGCGCUGCGGCAAGAGUUUCACGCAGAGCGGCUCGCUGCACGUCCACUUGAGGACGCACAGCGAGCAGUACCCGUUCCAGUGCGUGGAGUGCGGCGCCAAGUUCCGCCUGCGGCUCGGCCUCGCCCGCCACCGGCUCAAGCACACCGGCGAGAAGCCCCACGCCUGUCCCCAGUGCGGCAAGGCGUUCAGGCAACGGCACGACCUGUACAGCCACACGCUUUGCCACAGCGACCCCAAGCCGCACACGUGCGCGAUCUGCAACGCCUCCUUCAGGCAGCGCCGGGCCCUCAGGCACCACUGCAAGAGGCUGCACCAGAGCGAGGAGGCGGCGGACGCGAACAGUUUGGUCUUCGACGUGGGCCAGUACCAUACAAUUGUUAACGGAAUAAAGACCGAGGUCAAAUUGGAGACUUCGGACGGGGUGGAAGACGAAGCGUCGCUGGAAAUUAAGCAAGAGGUCGAGUGGGUGAAGAAACCGCUGACGGUGACAGGCGAGGACGGCAAGAGGUACGCGCACUGCGGCCUCUGCAAUAAGAAAGUGUCGACGGGCUCCUGGAGGAGGCACGCGAGGUCGCACCUCGGCGAGAAGAGGUACAGCUGCCACGCUUGCGGCCUCGCCUUCAGCGACAACGGCAACCUGGCGAGGCACGUGAGAGCGCUGCACGCGAACCACCGGCCGUUCAGCUGCCACCUGUGCGACAAGGCCUUCUCGAGGAGCGGCCACCUGCAAGACCACGUCAAGUCCCACUCCGAGAGGCGCGACUACGUUUGCGACACGUGCGGCAAGGCCUCCAAGUCGUCGGCGGCCCUACGGAUGCACAGGAAGAGCCAUCAGGGCGAGCGCAGGUUCCGCUGCGUGGAGUGCGGGGCGCAGUUCAAGCGGCGCGGCGAGCUGGUCGCCCACGUGACCGUCCACACGGGCGAGAAGGCGCACAUAUGCCCCUGCGGCAAGUUCAAGGAUCACGCUGCACUCGCGGCGCAAAGUCCUGAGGCCCCACGGUACCCGGUACCGGACGACACCAAAGGGCCAAGCGAAACGUGCGAGCGUGGCCGCCUCGAACAGUCCGUAGCCGUUUUCGGGGAUCACCUGAUCGACGCGCAUUCGGAGGUCCUAUUCCACUGCAGCGAAUGCAACACGUAUUCGAACGGGAAAGAGUUCGCGCAGCACGCGGGAGACGGCGACAAAGAAGCCAAUAGAAGGUCGAGGAAAACAAAGAGGAGGAAAAACAGCAGGGACAAGAACGACAACGCGGUUAAAGCGGAAAAAAACAAGGCAUCGCAGAACAAAGAGAACGUCGAGAAGAUCGCUAGAAACGUAACGAGAGACAGUACAGCGGUGGACGACGAGACCCCGGAAAACGAAUUCUCGGACCACAGCGACGUGGAGUACUUCGCGAAGCUGCCAGAGUCCGUUUUCCGGGCGAUCGAAGACACGCAGGACAGCCAAUGCGACGGCACCGACCCGCCCUCGCCGAACGUUCCAGACGCAGAGGCCGCAGAAAGCAAGAGAGAGGCAACCGCACACGACCAAAACGGAUCCGAACCCCCAAAGAAACACAAACGUCCCCGCGCCUGCCCCAUCUGCUCCAAGGUGUACACGGCCUCCUCCAGCUACUUCUACCACCUGAACUCUCACCGGCAAAGCGAGCACGCGUGCGACGUCUGCGGCAAGAGGCUGCGGAACAGGGCCAGCUUGGCGCAGCACGCCGCCACCCACGCCGGCGAGCGCCGCUUCGGUUGCGCGGUGUGCGGCAAGCGGUUCCGCUCGCGGGCGGGCCUGUACAUCCACUCUGAGGGCCACGUCGGCUCCAAGGGCUACGCCUGCGAGCAGUGCGGCAGCGCGUUCAGGUGGCGGACCCAUCUAGCGCGCCAUUUGAAACGGCACUCCGCCGAGAGGGCGCACGUGUGCUCGGCCUGCGGGCGCGGCUUCAGCGUGCGCUCCGACCUCCUGCGGCACUCGCGCACCCACCGCGCCGGCAGCCACACGUGCGACGUGUGCCACGCGAAGUUCGCCCAGCGCAGGUACCUGAAGGUGCACAUGAUGAAGAAGCACUCGAUAAGCAUCAGCGGCGGCGAAUUGUCGCAG